GGCUAGGGAAGCGCCCAGGAUUAGUAAUGGUUUGGAUGCGAUUAUAUGAAUACGGAUUGAUAUAUACGAUUUCGAAAGUUAAUCGAAUUAUAUCGAUAUGCAAUUGUAAACAAAAAGAAUAAGAUUUACUGUGAAAAUUUUCUGAACAUUUAUAUUUGUUGGUGUGGUAGGUUUGCAGUUAUGGCGGAUCAAAAUCAGGCAUCUACUCAAAAGUCUUCUCAAGAAAUGAAAACCGAAUUGAAUAGGAGUGCUAGUGGAGAACCCUUGCCUGAUCCUAAAAGUAUUCAUGACUUAACCCAAUAUGUUCAGAGUCUUCUUCAGCAGAUGCAAGAUAAAUUUCAAAUCAUGUCUGAUCAGAUAUUAGCUAGGAUUGAUGACAUGGGCCACCGAAUCGACGAUUUGGAAAAAAACAUUGGAGACUUGAUGAUACAAGCUGGCGUCGAAGAAACAGAUAAAUGACAACGAAAGGAGACCGAUUUUCAUUGGUCAUUUGAGUCGGACAGUGACCAGUAACUUCCUCAUUUGGUUACCGGAUAUGAGUGUUAGAUUGAAGUUACUGGGCUUGUGUUAUUGUUUUCUUAUAAUUGUGUACAUAUAUUCUUAUAAAAGUCUAUUCACACCUUCAAUAGGAAACACUUUCGAUUAAAAUUCUCUUAAGCUGUA